UCGCCGUUGUUUUUGAACACAGCUCACGUUGGAUGAAGGUGUUGCCCUCUCCGAGCAGCAUCAAAUUUACGACCACAGUCUGACAGACUACAAAUAUUAAAUAUAAACCUGUGUGCAAAACGCGGAGUAAAUUGAUGCACAAUGUCCGGCGGCGCGAACAGUUUGCCGUGAACGCUCCUCGGAUGGACCAGGCGUCUGCGAGCUGAGAGACAUCGUCGAGCCGAGCCGCUGCCAGGAUGGUGGAGCGGUCGGACCGAGCUCCUCUGCUGGACUGGGAGGAGGUUCCGUCCGCCGAGAAGCCCGGCGGAGCGGCCACAGAACGCCUGUCGAGCCCGUCGAACAGCCGCGCCGCUUUGACGGGCUUCGGGCGGAGCGGCGGUCCGGGGAGUCCGGCUCCCCCGCCUGCGCGGACCGACGAGCCGCCGCGUGCCGACCAGGAGCAGCGUCCCUCGGAUGCAGCGCCGAGAGACGAGCCGCUGGAAGACAGGAUGGUGAAAUGGGAGGAAAAGGACCAGAUCGUGUCGGUGUUUGUGGUUACGUUCAACACCAGAUCAGGCAACAUGCUGGAGUGGUGUCUGCCCAAAGACAUGGACCUGGAGGGAGUCGAGUUCAAAGCCAUUGCGAGUGGCUCCCACCGAGUCAGCACAGACUUCAUAUACUUCAGGAAGGGCUGCUACUUUGGCCUGGCCUGCUUUGCCAACAUGGCGGUGGAGAGCACGGCGGAGAGGGGGGCAAGGAUGAAGUCAGUAGGGAUCUUGUCUCCUUCCUAUACACUGCUGUACCGCUACAUGAGCUUCCUGGAGCACCAGGUCAGGCUCCAGCUCCAGUUUCCAGGCCACUACUCUCCACUGGAAGCCUUCUAUGACGACAAACGAGCACUUCUGCCUCCCAGUGGUGAUGGUGUCGUUAGUGUGUGUCCAGACAACACAUGGGGAGCUGCACUGAACCACAGCAUGCACCCUGAAAUGAAGAUCACCCACCCGGCAGGCUGCAUGUCGCAGUUCAUCCGUUUCUUCGGAGAGCAGAUCAUGGUGCUGUGGAAACUGGCUCUGCUCUGCAGGCGCAUCCUUAUCUUCUCCCCUCCUCCUGUGGGUGUGGUCUGCUACAGAGUUUACUGCUGCUGUUGCCUGGCGAACAUUUCCAUUCCUGGUGUGGGCGUGGCCGUGCCAGAGUUCCGGCCCUUCUUCUACGUUAACGUGGCUGAUAUCAGCGCGCUGGAGAAUGAGCUCUCAUACGUGGCGUGCACUACGGAGAAGAUCUUUGAGGAGAAGAAGGAUCUGUACGACGUCUAUGUGGACAAUCAGAACGUGAAGACCUACAGAGAAGGCCUGAAGCCUCUGCUCCGCCUCAGCACCGCAGACAGGGACAAAUAUCGCAAACUCACCGAACAGAGACAGAUGUUACUGUACUCCCAGGAGGAAAAUGGAGACUGUGUGUCCACUGAAGAGGAUCUCUUUAUUUUGUUUUUCCUGGAGCAGAAUAACAGGAUUUUCCAGACCCUGAGCGAGGUGGCAGGGAGCUCCAAUCCCACGCUGACACAGGAGACCGUACGGGCCAUGGGCCUGGACCCUCAUGGAGACAGGCUCUUUUUGCUCCACCUGCUGGAGACCUAUGGCUAUGACACCUUACUGGUGUCAGAACAGCUUUGCUGCAGCUGAGAGAAGACAAACAUUACUGGUUUAAAUGGGAUUCGUUUGCCUUGAGCCAACUCCGAUUGCUGCAUUACCGCCUUCUUACCAUCUUCUAGACUGUUGGAGCCUCUAGAAAUGCAACUCAUUUUUUGUACCUCUCUGCCUUUUUGUGUUGUGUUCCCUUCCUGAUGGCAAAAGCAACAAAACAUCAACUCUCUGAUAUUACGAACAAGAAUAACGUAGCCGGUUCCACGUGAUUCGGAAUCCGAAGGGUAGAUUUGAACUGAAGUGACGGAAAGUGGGCAUGAACUUUGUGUGAGUGAUGACCCUUUGAUGGCAGCUCCAAACCAGAGAUGGUCUUAACACCUGCCAAUGAAUCCUUCACAUUUCCUGGGAUCGGACCAAUCCUUCCUGAAGAACCAAAACAGAGUGUUACGAACUCCAUGGUGAACAUGUAAAUAAUAAUCCCCAUUUCCUGUCCUGAUUUCCCGAUUUCCCAUCAUGUACAGUGUUUCAGAACGUGCAUUGCCCAUUUAUGGAUCAAGUGCUGGAUUUUAACAUCCGACUUUUAAGCCUCUAAGUCCAUAACAGGGCAUUUGCCCAAAUGUAACAUAAAUAUUAGCAGGUCCAACUGCC